AUGACGCGAUGUGUGAAAGGAAAUAUUGUAAUUUGCAGCGGCUCUAAUGCAAUAUUCAACCCUUCCAACGAAGUUCUUCAUCUCAUUGGUGAGCCAGAUUUUCGUGAUGUCCGAUUACGUUGGGAGUACGGUCAACCUGAUGAGGACUCAAGAAAGCUGCUGGCAUUCCAAAUACACUACUGUGAGCUACAAGCUUGGGGGCAAUACCGAUGUCGAACUAAGGUAGUAGAGAACUUCGAAGACAGGGGGAGAAGAGAAGGGAGAGUAACCGAAUCUACAACUACUACCACUACAACUACCAAACCCACUUUGGGAGUGCGACGAGGAAGAGUUUAUACUACGUUCAUCACUGGUCUCCGUAUGGCCACCACUUACUCCUUUGAAGUGAGACCGGUGAGACGAGACCCAAGAGACCUCGCCGAUCCACUUUCCAUCGGCUCAAAGAUUAUCAUUGUUCCUACCAAAGGAUUUUCAGCACGCGCCACCCAAUGCUUGCCUCACGCAAGCGAAGUGGAGGUCUCAACGGGUCCUGCCCAGGAUGCGUACAUACUUCGAAUACACCACGAUGAAUGCGGGUCGGAUGUUAACGAAACCACUGUAGCGACAUAUGUCAUCGUGCAAGAGAAUCUGCCGAUAUUGACGCACAGCACUCGAAGAUUCCUAGUGCUAUGCUCAUACAAACCGGAAACGUUGACGGUUCGAGCUGGUAUCAACUUACCCAAGUCAAGUCCCGGCGAUGUGUUACUGGAGCCCCGCCCUUUGGGCUCAGUGGAGCCCUACGACUUAGAUGACAAUAAUCUCCAACCGGCAAGACUUGAAGCUCAGAGGGAUGACUCAACACAAAGUAUGUUUGGUGAAAUAACAAUGGUUAUGUUUUUGGUUGUUACUGCGUUUGUCGGAAUUGGUGUUCUUGUAUGGAAGAUGGUUCCCCAAGCCGAUAAAGACAACAUAUCCAUUGGAACUGUGUCAUCUCUUUCUCGCAGCAGCAUUUUCGGUGGACGUAACAGAGAUAGAUUCUCAGACAAGAGUUCAGUCUACUCAAUAACAUUGUCCGAGAAGGAUGAGGAUAUUGUUAAGAAGCAGGGUGAUAAUACUUCUGAAGCUUAA